UAUCAAGCCUCCGAGCGAGGCGCACGCGCCGCUCUUAAGACGCUUUACAUUAUUUUGUUUAUAAGCAAAGUCAUAUGUUAAAUUAUUAUGAUAAUUAGUGUCGUGAAGUGAAUUUAUAUACUUUAAUACAAAAAAACCUAUCGAAAAUGGUUCAGCGCAUCGCGACCCAGAUAACGGGCCCAAAAAAGGAGGACGGGCUUGCAAACCUCAUCGGCCAGUUCGGAAGAUGGCAGUUUCUAAUAUUCGCGACUGUUUCCUUGGUCAAGUUAUCCUCGGGAUGGGUGCAAAUGGCGAUUCUAUUUUUGACCCCAAAAAUCCAGUUUUGGUGUGUAGAGUUCAAAAAUGCCAGUACGGUUAUAAUUGCAGAAAACUCCACUUGCUAUGCGGAUUGUGUUAGGUAUGAGUAUGAUGCAGCACCAUUCGAUAAUACGAUCGUGUCCGAGUGGGAUCUGGUGUGCCAGAGGGGCUGGCUGGCGAGUUUCACCCAAAUGGUGUUGCAGUUUGGAGUCCUUCUGGGCAGUAUUGUGAUGGGAUUCCUAUCCGAUAGAUAUGGCCGAAAGUAUACAUUUCUCUUUUCAACGACGACGCUUAUCGUCCUGGGAUUCGGUAUCCCUUUCUCACCCGACUAUACCACCUUUACCGUCCUCCGCUUCCUGCAAGGCGCCGCAACGUCAGGAACUAUGGUCAUCUCUUUCGUUAUCGUCAUGGAGACGGUCGGAACGGAGUACAGGGAGAUACUAGGCUGUCUCUUUCAGAUUCCCUUCAUCAUUGGGCAUAUGACCACUCCGCUCUUCGCGUAUUACUUCAGGAGUUGGAAUACAUACAGUUUGGCGAUGGCUGUACCCCCCUUGAUUUAUACAAUGUACUUCUUUUCCUUAACUGAAUCCCCACGAUGGUUACUCUCUGUGGGUAGAGUGGAUGAUGCUGCCAAGAUUGUUAAACGCGCUGCGGAAUUUAACGGCUUACCGACAAGUAAAGUGGACGACUCAUUGAAGCAAAUAUCGGAAGAAAUAAGAGCAAAAUCAACGGCCACUCGCGCGAACUACGCCGACCUCAUGCGGCCCUCUCUCCGCGUGAAGACCAUCUGCUGCUGCAUCAUGUGGACCAUUGUGGGGCUCACCUUCUACGGCUUCAACCAGUAUAUCAGCCAGACCAGUCCUGAUCCGUUCAUCACGGUAGCAGCAGCUGGAGCUAUACAGAUCCCAUCAAACCUGCUAGCCAUCUGGUUCAUCAAGUACUUCGGGAGGAAACUGACCAUCUCCGUUGCUUUCACCCUCGGCGGUCUCUGUGUGUUACUUCUCGGCGUUCUUCCCAACGACCACACCACAACCCUGACCCUCGGAACCCUUGGAGUGAGCUGCGUGUCCAUUGUUGCCUCCUCAAUAUACAUUUACACGUCAGAACUUUACCCGACAGUGGUAAGGAACAUGUCUAUGGGAGCUUGUUCAAUGUGCAUGCGGAUUGGUUCUAUGAUAGCGCCGUUUAUAUCGAAUUCUUCAGCGACGUUGCCAUGGUUACCGACGGCCAUUUUCGGGCUCGUUCCAAUAGCGGCAAGCCUCAUGUGUUUAUUUUUGCCGGAGACAAAGGGGACCACGCUACCGGAUAGUUUGGAAGACGUGGAUAAACAAUGAUAUUCUAAACUUGCGGAAUGCUUAACUGUGGCUAUGUUUUUUUGAUGAUAAUGCCCUGAAGGUUUGUUUAUAUUGAAGUGUUAUUUGUAGGAUAUAAGAUGCACAGACCGUCGCAUGUUAUAUUGAUUAAUCGAUACACAGUGAUAAUUUUGGUGAUAAAUAUUUUAUAAUGAAAACUAUGCUUGUACUAGCUAGUUAUGUACGUAUGGUUUAUUUUUAUGAAUUCAGUGUUAGUUAUAAAUUAUAAUAUUAGAUGAAAUUAGUUGUGUUUAUU